CAUACAACUUCAUAAACAGCAGGUUCCUUUUCAGAUCUCUUCCGCCUUCUACAGUUUUUGCAUCCUUGCAUUUUUGUUUGUGAAGCACAGAGAGAGGAUGAGGAAAUAUUUUGGCCUUCUAUAAAAGCACAAAAGACUUCACUGCCACAAAUACCUUAAGAUCCAACAUUCAAAAUGAAGACAAUUGUGUGGUUUGGGAUUGUUCUGGGAGCACUCUCCGCUACAGGAAAAGUGUUCAUCACAAAAACAGGGACGACUACCAUCUUAGAGUGUGGGGUCAACUCCUUCAGCAGAAGCCUGACGUGGAAUAAGAAUAAUGACCGCAUUUAUACAAUACAUGUUAGAAACGGCUUUGAAGGCAUGCCUAUGAAAGGCCGGAUUCCAAUUGUGACAAGGUCAAAGGUGAAGGAGAAAAAUCUUGAAAUCUCUAAAGUGAUUGUAGAAGAUGCCGGAAAGUUCACUUGUGAGGCAGAUGGGCAAACUCACCAUCAUACACUUCUGGUGGUAUCAGUCUCAGCCAGCCCCUCUGGUAGUCUCCAGGUGGGCAGCGAGGCUACACUCCAGUGUCAGGUAAAAGGUCUGGACUCACAACCCGAAGUGCAGUGGAGAAGGCCAGAUAAAAGUGCACACUCAGGGUCACUUAAACCUGUGGCCAGCUCAGAUGCAGGGACCUGGCAGUGCACCAUCUCCCAUGAUGGGACCAUACACACUGAGGACCUUGAGAUCAAAGUCACAGAGCCUACUACUACAAAACCUGCACCAGUCCCUUCCCAAAACUCAAAGGAUGGCCGUAAGACAUGCCCUGGCUGUGCUACUCACCCUAAAUCUCGAUCUGAUGCUCCUCUGAUCCUGGGGCUUAAUUGGUGGAUGUGGCUUAUAAUUGGAGUUGGCUGCCUGGUUGUGAUUCUCCUGAUUGUCUUUGUCAUUUGCUUGUGCAAGAGGAUCAAAAGAAAGAAGAGAAAACUGCAGAUGAAGAAUAGCCGCCAACUAAAGACGCCCAAGCAGUACUGCCAGUGUAACCGCCCAGCAGCUGUAGCAAAACCGCGGCAAGGACGCCGGAGAGACAAGUCAUCAGACCUCCCUCUGCAACCCCUCCUAAUAGAGUGACAUGAAAGGCAGAUCGAAGAAAGGAGAGAUAGACUAAAAAGAAAGAAAGAUGGAAAGAGAAAGAGAGCGAGCGUAAGAGGAAGAGAAAGAGGCGAAUAGAUAGAGAUAAAGAGAAAGAGAGAGCGAGUGAAAGAGAGAACCCUGGUGUGAAUAUGGAAUGAAUGUAAAUGGGCUUUUGAAUGCUCUUUAUGAAAAUAAAAAUCAAAUGUAAUGAUGUGGGCACUUUGAGCUUUUUCACCAAAUAUAACCAGUGAGCUGAAUGCAAAUAGACUCCCCCACUGCAAGAGAGAACAGCAACUGUCUGUACUUAUUCUGUGCAUUUAUGCAGCAUAUUAAUAUGUCCUUAUAUACAGCCUUGUCAACUUCCUUAUGUACUGCCUUGCAUCUUAAAUUUAAUUCUGCUGAUUUAGAUUUUUUUAGAUUUAGAUGUGUUUUCUGUGAAUUUGAUAGAUGUUUCUGUAUACUUUGUCUUUGUUUCUGCAGGUUGUGAAUAAAAAGUUGAGAACUGUA